AUGGCGAAACAUAAUAAGUCCCUCUCUUUGGUGUUCAUCUACGUCGCCGCAUUUCUGUGCAUUAUAAAAGUAGUUGCCGGAGGCUGUUUCUGGUCAAGUGGGUGGUUUAUCAACGUUUGCAAUUUAAUCCCAAAUGAAAAAGUUCUUGUUCAUUGCAAAUCAAAAGACAACGAUAUUGGUGGCCCUCAAACAAUUGGAUGGAACGAAUCCGUUCAUUGGCAAUUCUGUGAGAAUAUCGUCUCUCCCAGUACUCUUUAUUUCUGCCAUGUUUGGUUGGGAAAUUCCGAACAAGUUUUUGAUGUGUUCAACGGCGAAUUGAAACAUCAGUGUAUCGAGAAAGAGAAGAAAGACUACUGGAGAUGCACUUGGUUGAUCAAGAAGGAUGGGUUUUACCUCAUAGAUCGCACUACUGGUGGUCACAAUGACGUUAAAAAGCAUGAUUGGAAGCCCAUUGGAUCCGCGUAA